GAUGUAGCAGAGACCCUGAAGUGCCCAGACCCUGGCAGCUCUACAGACGGACAACAGAAGGACCAACAAAUAAAAAGAUUAACCUAAAGAUAAUAGACCCAUCUAGCAGGAAAUGGCAUGGCAUGAGCUACGCAGUCGUCAGUUCUGGCGUGCCAUGAUGGCAGAGCUGCUCGGCACGCUGGUGCUGGUGAGCGCCGUGCUGGGUGCCUCAGUGCCAGGAAAGGGAGAGGCCUCUGUGGGACCCCUGUAUCCAGCUGUGGCAGUGGGAGUGGUGAUUGUUGCAAUAGCACACUGUUUUGGGGAAAUAAGCGGAGCUCAGGUGAACCCUGCCCUGACUCUGUCUCUCUUAGCCACUCGGAGGCUGGAUGUUCUUCGGGCCCUCGUUUACAUAGCUGCACAGUGUUUGGGGGCUUCUUUAGGAUCUGGGGCCCUCUACCUGGCCCUGCCAUUGAAAACCAAAGCCGACCACUUCGUCAGCAGGGUUCCAUUAGAGCUGAAUGCAGCACAGGCUCUGGGCAUGGAGGUUUUGUGCACCUUCCAGCUGGUGUUCACAGUGUUUUCUGUGGAGGCUCAGCGACGGCGGGAAAGUCCAGAACCAGGAAACCUCGCCAUUGGGUUUGCACACACUGCUGGAGUGCUAAUAGGGGGACGUUUUUCUGGUGGGAGUAUGAACCCUGCACGUUCUCUGGGUCCAGCAAUCAUCACUGGCUUCUGGGAAAACCACUGGGUUUAUUGGAUUGGACCAGUGCUUGGUGCUAUUCUAGCUGGAGUUUCCCACGAGUUCUUCUUUUCACGCAGCGCGUCUCGUCAGAAGCUGGUGGCCUGUCUGACCUGCAAGGACAUUGAGAUCGUGGAGACGGCCAGCAUGACUGGAUCAUCCCUGUCCACUGUCACACAGAAUGCCAUGAGAGCAAAGCAAACCAACAAGCAAGAAAACAACUGAGGAUAGAAACAUUCAGCAGAAUGGCAGUGAUUGUUUAUGAAGAUGGAUAGAGUGCAGUUUAUUUGUUCUGUCCAUUAAUGGUGAGGGCCAAAGGCAAGGAAGCAAAUGCGCAAUUCACACCUGUCGAAUAUGAGCCUGUUAGAUACUAAAAUUACACAAUGGAACAAACAGAAAGACAAAGGGGCAGAUCCACAAACAAUGAGAUGCACCGCACUAAUGGCACCAGGAUUAGCUCACAUUUAGCACCUGCUAAUUUUCACCCCACAUCCACUCAAGAAUUAGCUUUAAUCAUGGCAGUACUGACAUGCCCAAAAGGUUUGCAGCUAAAGGCACUUUGUGAUCACAGACACUGCUGUGAAAGUGAGACACAAAAAAGAUUUUUUUUCAUUGGAAAAAAAUGUUUAAUCCAAAAGUGGCUCAUGUCUCAGUCAUACUGACUCCUCAGCCCAUGGUUGUAUACAAAACAUUUAUCUUUAGAUGCACAGUGACAACUGAGUGUGGAGAGAAAAAGAGAGGGAGGAAAGAAAUGAUUUAAUACAUGGGUUCAGCUGGCAUAGAAUUGUAACACUUUUACUGUGGUAAUUAGCGCUGACUUUUGUGAAUUAGUUGCUAUUUCUACUGAGGAUUACUUGGAUAGGAAGGGAACAAUUUUGCACCAAACUUUUAAAUAUUCCCUCAUUCACAUGCAUGCAAAUGGGUGGUGUUUCCUUGGAUUAAUAUUUGUUGUGCAAUAAGAGUCAUUUCUCCUUUGACAGGCUCUGUGCAUUGGAUUCUAUCCUUUUCUGCUAUUUGCAACAGUAAAGCUAUCCUUUUGUGGAUUUUGAGCCCAUCAUUGUUUAAAAACCAAUACUAAUGUCAGGAUUUGUUUCAAGGGCAAAAUAUACAUGUAAUGGUAAUAAAGAGAAAUCUCAACACCUACAGAGAAAAUCUGACAGUGGUUGUAGCACAGAUAUAGCAAUUAAAUCUUAUCAAAUGUAUUUUCUAAUUGUGACCUCUUGAUUGUUUGAUUAUCACCUCUGCUUGGUGUUCAUAAGCAGGACACCGAGAUCUCCAUAAUUCAAAUGUAAUUAAUAUGUUGUCUAUUUCUUUCUUUCUUUUUUUUUUUUUUUAAGAAACACAUUUUAGUUUGAGCCAAAUGAUUUUUUUUAAAUGCCUUAAUUUACUGAAAGUUAAAAACUCUUUUUAUGGUCUUUUUAUGACUUCAAUGUAAAAUCUAAGUAAAGUGCAAGGGUGGAAAAAACGUACCAGACGAUUGUACUUAAAAAAAGCAAAGGCUUUCUUUUACAGUUUUCCAUUAUUUUGGUUGCCUUAUAUACAAACAAAACCUUAAUCCUCCGUCAAUAAGAGUAAUUUUUUGAUAGUAUGCUUUAUUGCCCUUUCACCCCACUGCAACAUCAUCCUACAGCCACAGUGAUGUAAUAUAAGUACACCACUGUGCCUCUGAGUGUCACUUUAAAACACUAACAGCUCAGUGGGCAAGUCAAAAGGCAUCUGCACCAUGUUUUAUUAAUAUUCAACUUUUUACUGUUCUCAUAUUUCCCAUUAAACCCUCAGCAAGUUCCUUUUUUGUAGUCUAGUUCAUGUCAUAAUAUUUUACCCACUUGAAGUUCCUUAUUUUCUUUCAAAACAAAAGUAGGUCUGCAUCCAAACAGGAAAUAAUUUACCCUAGGUUUGAAACAACUUAGGUAUUUUUGCCUAAAAUGAAACGCAUACAGUUUUAAAUGGUGGAAUUUCGAAAGGGGAAAAUAAUCUUGAUCAACUAAAAAAAACUCUGAUAUUAAUUGUGAUUUUAAAACGUAAUGGCUCUAAUGCCCUAAGUAAUACUAAGUUUAAUUAAAAAGGUAAAAUUUUGGCCCCAUAGCUUGUGGUUUCAUACGUUGUGGAGCUCUAUUUAAAUGGGCUAUGAGCAAUGUGAACGCACAGGUGUUGCCAGUAUCGUGGUAUACAGUACUGUUAUCUAACAUUUGCACCUCAUUAGAAUUUCUAAUGGAAAUACAUUGAAAACGUGUUCAAAAACACCCUUGUGUUUGUCAGUUUCAUUCUGAGUUCUGUAAAGGCUUUGAAAUGCUAAAGAGGUCCUGCUCCCUGGCUUCAAUGAUGCUCCUAAUUUGCCUAACAUCUUUCUCAUAUAUAUGCCUGUGUAUGUCUGUCUGUCGGUCCGCCCGUCAGAGGCCUUCUAUUGACAAUCAAAUGGACCCUCAUACCACUGUAAAGGCUUUGCAGAAAGAAAACCUUCAGGGGAAACAAGCUUUGUACUUUCAAAUGGAAACAAUGAGCAUAUAAGCAUCUGUAAGAAAAAUUACAUCAUAUUUUUUAAGAAACUUUGUCUGAGUUUUUAGUAAAACUGUUUUGUAUUGUCAGUUUAUCCAUAACACAAAUGUUUAUCAUUCGUAUUAUGUAUUUAGACUUUAUGAUUUUAUUUGUCUCCUUCCCAGUGCUUCAAUAAUAGUUAAGUGAUGGUUUUUAAAAUUCAAUGAUGAAGAACUGACCCUUUAAAUUAUCAUCAUAUUCUAUAUUAUUGUAAUGAAGGUUACAUUCAUUAUGUAUUAUUGUUAAAAUUGAGUUUAU